AUGGAUGACCUAAAAGCAUUGCUUGAUGCAGAGCAGGAGAAAGUGACCAAGUUGAAAGCUCUUGUGGUAAAAGAGAGAAAAGUUAACACAAAAAUCAAAUCAGAAUUGGAAUAUCUGAAGUCACUGCAUACCAGGACUCAUCAAGAAAGUGGUGGAACCGUUGAAAAAUUUGAUAAAUCGUGUUGUACUUCUGAAUUUUCAAAUGAAUCCACUUGCAUGAAUGAGGCACUAUCAUCAGAGCUUGUAAAUACAUCGGUAGAAAACGCUGUAUUUAACGAACAUAAAAGGAAUUUCCGUGUGUCAACCAACGAUAUUGAUGAUAAGACGGCUGAAUAUGUAACUAAAAUUCCUGUUUGUAUAAUUUCAGCCUCUUCUUCUUGUGAGACAUCCUCUAAGGAUUCAUUGCAGAGUUCUGACAAACAUCUACAUGUACCCUGUUUAAAUGAAACAACUAUAGUUCCUGUUAACUGUCUAUGCGUUGCAACACAAGUAGACAACUUAAAUAAUUUUGAUGGUAAGGAUUCACCAUUGUUACAACAGUUUAACACUGCAUUACAGUCAUUAAAGCUCAACAAUAGAAGUAAUCUAUCAAAAGAUGAAUUAAAAUUGGUAUUUACUGAAUGUAACAGAUUAUUAGAAGAGAUCGAUCUCUGUUCAACUGAUAAUUAUCAUGUACCUUUUAAUCAUUCCUCAUCAAAAAGUGAAAUAAUAAAGCUUGAAAAUUUUUGUCGAACUCUACCAACAGAUUUAAAUCAAUAUUCUCACUCAUUAAAACAGUCUUUUACUAAGCAAAAAGAAGAACGAAAUUCUCGCCAUAACAAACUUUCAAAUGAAUUAAAACAUGUUCAUUCAGAUGAUGUGUGUGAUGAAGAAUUACAUAUUUUAGAGCAAAGAGUAAAUGAGUUAAAACAUAGUGUUGAAUAUGCUGAAUCUUCAUUUAAUCAACUAUCAAAUAAGCUUACUUCAGUUACUCAUAUAAAUGAAGUGUACAAUGCUAAAUUAUUACAAUUACAAACAAAAUAUAAUGAUAAUUCAUUGGAUAUGACACAAUCAUUUGUUAAGUUGAAAAGUUUAUUAUAUGAUUCUUUUUUAUUACCAUUGAUUAAAUACCAUCAAGAAGUAAACAACAAUAAACAAUGUAAUUUGAAUGUGGAUUAUUUUAUUUGUGAUAAUUUUCAAGAUGAUACUGUUAGUAAAGUUGCAAAGAGUCUAAGCGAUUUCCUUGAUGAAUUGAAACAAAUUAUUAAACACUAUUACACAUUCAAUAAUAAGUGUAUUACAUCGUCCAAUGUAUGCAUUCCGACUGACUAUAAUGAAGCAAAUAUUGAACAAGAGAAACUGCUGUUGGAUAAAUUGAAAAGUACAGAAUCUGAAUUAAUUAAUGCGAAUGAAAAGAUUCUAAUCUCUGAGAAUCUAAUUUCAGAUCUAAAAAGUCAACUAAAAAAUUCUGAUGAAAAACUACAUCGUAUGAAAAAUCUUUUAGUUAAAGUUAAAUUAGAUGCAACUGAACAACAGAAGAAACUUUUAGAAUUCCAAAAAAGUCAAUCUGUAAAUGUUGAAAAUAAUCAAGAAUUGAAUCGUCUGACUGAAAAAUUAUCUAAUACUGAAAAGGAGAAAGAAAAUUUGCUGUGUAGUCUGACACAAUUGCGUAGUGAAUUAACUCAACAACAUGUCUUAUGCGAAAAUCUCCAAAAUGAUAAAUGUUUAGCACUGGAUCGACUUCAAAAGUUACAAAACGAAUAUAAUGCAUACAAAGUUAAGGCUCAACUUGCUCUAUGUAACGUACGCACUCUAACCAAUCAGGUGAACACAACGGAUACUAAUAAUAGUCCUAAUUGUGAAGGGGUGAAUACUAACCAAUCUGAUUUCGAAAGCAGAUCAUUUUAUUAUUCAAAUGAAUUAGAAUCUAUGAAACACAAUCUUUUUGACGUACAAAAUCGUAUGAAAGAGGCUGAAUUGCAUGCGUCCUUAGCACAAUCAGAAUGUGAUUUGUUAAAGAAAGAAUUGAUCGAAGUGAAAACAAGACACACUGAACUGUUAUGCCAAUCUCAAAAACAAAAGCAAUCCUUAGAGGACCAACUAAUGUCAAUAACUCAACAAUGUGAAAAUCGUCUUUCUGCUGAAUUUAAAGAACUAGAACAAAAGUAUACUAGUCAACUACGUCAUUAUGAAGAACGACUUAUGCUGCAAACUCAAAAAUAUGAAAGUGAAUUGCGUCAAGAAAGAGAAUUAUGGGAGACAAAAUUAGCCAGUAUCAUUCACACAAACCAUUCACCCACUCAAAACUCGUACAGGUACGAACAGGCCUAUGGUCAUCGACGGAAUUUCUCAAUACCUGAUAAUUUGAAUCCUUUAAGCGCAAACUCUCACCAUAAAAGAGUUCAAGGAGAUGGAGCCGAUAAUUCCAUGAUUUCCCCCGUGGAAUCUGAUACGGAAUCGGAUCAUGCAGUUAGGAAUUGCUCUCUAAGUCACAGUGGAAGUGAGCGUUAUUCAUUGGCAGAUGAAGAAAACUAUAAGAAGUCUGUACAUCGAAUCACUAUACCUACUUUGGAACAACUUCUUAAUCAUCCCAAUCAAUAUUCACUAUCUGAAAAUAUGUCAUCUCAGCAUUCUGUUAAAUCAUUUCAAGAAGUUCGUAAUGUUCAACCUAAUCAAUUAGCUGGUUUACAGUCUGCUUUAACCAAUCAACAACGUCGAGUUGAAUAUCUUUCUGAAUUGUUAAGUGAAAGUGAAACAAAUGUAACUCGUUUAUUUGAGCAAAACAAAGUGUUAAAAGAAGAAAUUCGACGUCUUGAAAAUAAUUCCAAUCCAACAUUAAAAGUACAAUGUACAGAAAAUCAAGAUAUCUUGGAAUUGAACAACUCUCUUCAUAGUAACACUAGUGUACUUGUUGAACAUUUGAAAGACAUCUUACUGAAAGUUAUAACACUACCCAAACAAUCUUCAGAACGUAAUCAUCUCAUGCGUGCGUUGGCUACAUUUCUUUCUUUGAAAUCAGAUGAGUUUAAAUUAUUAGAAGAGGGUUUAAAUCACAGUGUUACUUGUUCUACAUCUAAUCAGCAACAAAAUCUCUCUUCCAAUUGGAGUAGUUAUAUCUCUGCAGUUUGGCGUCAGUAA